AUGGCAAGUGUUCUAGAAAGCCAAAGAACAAAUCUUAGGAACGCACUCUUACGCCUAAUCGAAGAGUGCAAGAACAUGAGAGAGCUUAAACAAAUCCAUACCCAGAUCAUAAAAUCAACUUCAAUAACCCAAAGUCACCAACUUUUACUCCUUUCUCGUCUCCUGUUCUUUUGCGCCAUUUCCAAUUUGGGUUCCCUCAGCUAUGCCAAUGAUAUUUUCCGGGCCAUUAAGAUUCCAAAUCCUUAUGUCUAUAACAUCAUGAUCAGAGCAUAUGCAAGUAAAAACUAUAGUAGGAAUGAGACUCAUUAUUCAUUCAAGUCUUUCUUGCUGUACAAGCAAAUGCUUAGGGAAGGGAUUGCGCCCGAUUGCCUCACUUUUCCUUUUCUUGUGAAGGUAUGCGCUGCAAGGGUUGACGGUUUCUUGGGACGGAGUAUUCACGGUCAAGUCAUUAAAUUUGGGUUAUGUGGAGAUGUUUUUGUUCAGAACUCGUUGAUAAAUUUGUACUCCAUAUGUGGGCUUCCAAGUUUUGCGCGAAAGAUGUUUGAUGAAAUGGCGAACAGGGAUGUUGUUUCGUGGAACUCAAUGAUUAUUGGGUAUUUGAGAAAUGGGGAUCUAGAUGAUGCAUUGAAUUUGUUUAGGAAGAUGAGGAAUAAAAAUAUCGUUACAUGGAAUUCGAUCAUUACAGGGUUUGUUCAAGGUGGUCGGCCAAAGGAUGCCUUGGAAUUUUUCCAUGAAAUGCAGGCUGCAAGCAGUGACGUUAUGUUUAGGCCAGAUAAGAUUACAAUUGCCAGUGUCCUCUCUGCUUGUGCUCAACUUGGUGCAAUUAAUCAUGGGAAAUGGGUGCACGAUUAUCUCAGGAGGAGUGGUCUAGUGUGUGAUGUGGUGACUGGUACAGCAUUGGUUGACAUGUACGGUAAAUGUGGAAGCGUGGAGCGAGCAUCUAAUGUCUUCAAGGAAAUGCCGGAGAAGGAUACUUUGGCCUACACAGCAAUGAUUUCGGUAUUAGCUCUCCAUGGAUUCAGUAAAGAAGCUUUUGACGUCUAUGGAGAGAUGGAAAUGAAUGGGAUGAAGCCCAACCAUGUGACUUUUGUUGGGCUAUUGUCGGCUUGUUCUCAUGCUGGUUAUGUUGACAAAGGUCGCUGGUGUUUUGACAUGAUGAAACAUGUUCACUCGAUAGAACCGCAAGUCUAUCACUAUGCAUGCAUGGUUGAUAUACUUAGCAGGGCCGGGCUAUUUGAAGAGGCAGAAAGGGUUAUUGCAGGCAUGCCCAUGAAGCCUGAUGUAUUCGUUUGGGGAGCACUACUUGGAGGGUGUCAAAUGCAUGGAAAGGUAGAGUUAGGAGAAAGGGUGGCUAAAUAUUUAAUCAGUUUGGAACCCCUGAACCACGCUUUCUAUGUGAACUUGUGUGAUAUAUAUGCCAAAUCUGGUAGAUUUGAAGAUGUGAAGCGCAUCAGAACACUGAUGAAAGAAAGAGGAAUAAAAAAGGAAGUCGCAGGCUGCAGCAUGAUUGAAAUUGAUGGGGUAGUUCAUGAAUUUUCAGUGAGGGGCUCGCCUGAUGUAGGGAUGGGGAGAAUACUACAAGUUUUGAACGUGUUAAAGAAGGAUAUGAAUAACAAAGGAUGA